GCGGCUGCAACAAGUGUGUUUUUUUUUGUAGGCUACAGAUGAUAACCUUCCAUGAAAACUUUCAGGACGCCUCAUUUGGACACUUGGAGAGGAGAGGAGAGUCCGCAGCGCAAACUUUACGCACGUCUGUGGAUACGAGAGGGACCAGCGGCACAAGUUGUUGUUGUUUGUGGAGAGAAAUCCGUCGACAUCAUCCAGCGAUGAAUAAUGGAUCGAACAGAACAAUUGACCCGAGCUGCAGGGGGAAGCCUCCUUUCGCCAUCGACAUCAUCGUCAAUUUGGACAUCUUUGGCAAAAUCCUGUACUCCAUCCUCACCUUCAUGGCAGUGUUGUCAAUGCUGCUCUUCAUAGAGGAAUGUAUCUACAUCUAUAAGAAAGUGCCGUCCAAUAAGAAGAGUGUAAUGAUCUGGGUGAAUGGGGCUGCGCCGGUUAUCGCCACCAUGUCCUGUGUGGGGAUGUGGGUCCCCAGAGCGACCAUGUUUACUGAUAUGACCUCUGCCUGUUACUUUGCCAUUGUGGUGUUCAAGUUCCUGAUCCUGAUGCUGGAGGAGGUGGGUGGUGAUAAGGCUUUCCUGAUGCGGGCAGGGAAACACAAACUGAAGAUCAGCACAGGGCCGUGCUGCUGCUGCUGCCUCUGCCUGCCGCAUGUCGCCAUCACAGGGCGCUCGCUCUUCCUGCUCAAACUUGGCUCUUUCCAGUUCGCUCUCAUGAAGACAGUCUUCACCAUCCUCUCCAUUGUCCUCUGGACCAACGGGACCUUUGAACUGACUGACUUGAAUAUCACCGGAGCUGCCAUUUGGAUCAACCCAUUCGUGGGCAUCUUGACAAUCAUAGCCCUGUGGCCUGUAGCGAUCAUUUUCAUGCACCUGAGAACUGCCCUGCGGACAAUCAAGAUCAUCCCCAAGUACGCCAUGUACCAGCUGGUGCUGAUCCUGAGCCAGUUGCAGUCAGCCAUCAUCAACAUCUUGGCCAUGAAUGGAACCAUCACCUGUAUACCUCCUUUCUCUGCGCCAGCCAGAGGAUACAUGAUAAGUCAGCAGCUGUUGAUCCUGGAGAUGUUCAUCAUCACCUUGGUAACGCGGCUGCUGUAUCGACGACAGUAUGAGCCUCUACCUGAAGAAAAAGAAGACGACAACAAUGAAAACACCAAGAUGGUCGUAGUAGCGGAGUCUGCAUGAGACUGUGUGUGUGAGUGUGUGUGUAUGUGAGAGAAAGAUUUUUAUCCCCUGCAUUUAUUUGAUUAAGAGAUUGUAUAAGAACAUGUGAAUAAAUAUGAAUUAUAUAGAAA